AUGACUUCCAAACAAAUCAAAAAGAAAGAGGUGCACCGUAUCAACUCGGCGCACGGAUCGGAUAAAUCUAAAGAUUUCUACCCUUUUGGCAGCAAUGUACAAUCUAGUUCUAUUGAACAAAAGGAGGGGAAAUUCCCCAUCUGGCCAGAGUGGAGUGAAACUGAUGUAAAUGCAGAAAAGUGGGAUGCAGGCAAAGGUGGAAAAGAAAAGGACAAAACAGGAAAAAGCCCUAUAUUUCUGAUGAGAUGGAUUAUCAGCGAAAUCUAUGCAGUGUGGAAGAUAUUCAAUGGAGGGAUUAUGAGCAACUAUUUUAAAGGGACUUCAGGAGAACCUCCUCUUCUCCUCUGGAAGCCCUGGGAACACAUAUAUUCUCUAUGCAAGGCUGUGAAGGGCCAUAUGCCGUUGUUCAAUAGCUAUGGCAAGUAUGUUGUGAAACUUUACUGGAUGGGUUGCUGGAGAAAGAUAACUAUUGAUGACUUUCUGCCCUUUGAUGAAGAUAACAAUCUAUUGCUUCCAGCUACAACCUAUGAAUUUGAACUCUGGCCAAUGCUUUUGUCUAAAGCUAUCAUUAAGCUGGCAAAUGUUGACAUCCAUGUAGCAGAAAGGAGAGAACUGGGAGAGUUCACAGUUAUUCAUGCUCUCACGGGGUGGUUACCAGAAGUCAUUUCUCUUCACCCAGGAUAUAUGGACAAAGUGUGGGAGCUCUUGAAAGAAACAUUGCCUGAGUUUAAGCUGUCAGAUGAGGCCAAUUCUGAGAGCAAAACAACAGUAGUAGACACCAAAUUAAAAGAACCAGGGAAAGAGGUGAAGGACAGCAAAGAAGGGAAGGAGGGAAAAGAAGUGAAAGACGGGAAAGAAUUCAAACCUGAAGCUUCCUUGACAACACUGAAAGGUCCAGAAAAAGGUGACAAACUUCCAAAGGAGAAAGCAGAUACAAAAGACUUCGGGAAGAAGCGGAAUAAAGAUGGAGAAAAAGAAAGGGAUAAGGAAAAAUUCAAAUUGUCACUUCAUAGUUCAAGACCUUCAUCAGACAUGCAAUAUUCUGUGCAGUCCCUAUCAGACUGUUCUUCAGCAAUACAGUCCCCUCAUAUGGUUAUAUGUGCUACCUUUACACCUCUCUAUUUGUUUGAAAAGAAGAUCUUUGCAUUAGAGAAGAUGGCAGAUUCUGCUGAGAAACUUAGAGAAUAUGGUCUUUCACACAUCUGUAGCCAUCCUGUGCUGGUGACUAGAAGUAGGUCUUGUCCCCUGGUAGCACCACCAAAGCCACCUCCCAUACCUCCCUGGAAACUCAUUCGUCCAAAAAAAGAACAAGUUAUAACAGAUGAACCUCAAGAUAUAAUAAUAAAGAAACCUGAACAGUUUCUUGAGAUUUCAAGUCCAUUUCUGAAUUAUGGAAUGACUCCGUUUACAAUUCCAAAAGAAACGCAUUAUGUACGCUCUGUUAUUAAGAAAGGGACUCCCCCAGGCUCUGGUUUGCCCUCUCUUUCUGAAACUGAUGAAACUUCAACCUUUAGCCAGACAGACCUGAGUCAAAAAACAAGAGCUGUAUCUCAGUUCAUUCAUGUCACUAGCCAGUGGAAUAUAUAUAUUUUUCACAAGCCAAGUUCAUAUUGCGUUAACUUUCAAAAAUCAGAAUUCAAGUUCUCAGAAGAACGGGUGUCCUACCACCUGUUUGUGGAUAGCCUAAAACCUAUCGAACUACUGGUUUGCUUUUCUGCGUUGGUACGCUGGGGGGAGUAUGGAGCCUUAACAAAAGACAGCCCUCCCAUUGAGCCUGGACUUCUAACAGUUGAAACGAUUUCUUGGAAAUCCCUGAAGCCACGCAAUCUUGUUCUGAAGAUUCAUACGUAUGCCACCAAGGCUACAAUGGUUCGCCUGCCUGUUGGGAGGCACAUGCUGCUCUUCACCGCCUACUCCCCCGUGGGGCAUUCCAUACAAAUCUGCAGCAUGGUGAACUUCGCCAUCGGGGACGAAGAUGUCGUGCUGCCCUACUUUGAGCCGGAGAGCUACCGCUUUACAGAGCAGUCUCUGUUGAUUUUGAAAGCUGUUGGAAAUGUGAUUGCUAAUUUCAAAGAUAAGGGUAAACUUGCUGCAGCCCUGAAGGAUCUACAAAGGGCUCACUACCCUCUCCCCCUCCACAAUAAAGAACUCACUGUGCAGCAUUUCAGGGUUUUUCAUAUUUCUUUAUGGCGAUUAAUGAAAAAAGUUCAAUCAACAAAACCUUUUCCAAACUUCAAAUUUGCAUUCCGUGCUAUGGUUUUGGACAUGGAGUUACUUGAUUCCUCCUUGGAGGAGGUUUCUUUAGCGGAAUGGGUAGACGUUAAAUAUUCUAUACCAACAAGUGACAAAGAGUACUCUCCUGAGGAGGUAGCAGCAGCAAUUAAAAUUCAAGCCAUGUGGAGAGGGACUUACGUUAGAUUACUUAUGAAGGCCAGACUACCAGACACAAAGGAAAAUAUCAGUGUUGCAGAUACUCUUCAAAAAGUUUGGGCUAUAUUGGAACCGAAUUUAGAACAGUAUUCACUUUCACUCUUAAGACUAAUGUUUAAAAGCAAAUGCAAGUCUAUGGAAUCGUAUCCAUGCUAUCAAGAUGAAGAAACUAAGAUUGCUUUUGCUGACUAUACUGUGACCUAUCAAGAUCAGCCACCAAAUACUUGGUUUAUAGUAUUCAGAGAAACAUUUUUGGUUCCUCAAGAUAUGAUUUUGCUUCCCAAAGUAUAUACUACACUUCCAGUCUGUAUGCUACAUGUUGUUAAUAAUGACACAAUGGAACAAGUGCCAAAGGUGUUCCAAAAGGUGGUGCCUUAUCUUUAUACCAAGAAUAAGAAAGGAUACACAUUUGUGGCUGAAGUAUUUACUGGCGACACAUAUGCAGUGGCCUCACGAUGGAAACUGCGCCUCAUUGGUUCUUACACUCCACUCCCAUGCCUCUCUCGGGACUCUCCAUGCAAUACCUUUACUAUAAAGGAAAUCAGAGAUCACUACAUACCCAAUGAUAAGAAAAUUUUAUUCAGCUACAAGUAUAUUAUACAGUGUUUGGUGUUGUAUAACAGUUGGCCUCUCACUGAAAAUCAACUGACGUUUGUUCAAGCACUAAAAGACUUAGAGAAAAGUGAUGCCAAAGCACAUGGUAAAAAUCAACAAAUAGUAAUAUCAUUAUUAUGUAUUCCAAAUAGAAAAGCCCUUUGUAAUUUCAUGCACGUAAGACAAGGUCUCCAGACAUCCACUCUACACUCUCAGCAAGAAGAUCCAAAUAAACCCUACUGGAUUUUGAGGUUGGUCACUGAACACAGUGAAUCGGAAUUAUUUGAAGUGAGAAAAGAUACGGAACGAGCAGAUGAAAUCCGAGCCAUGAAGCAAGCCUGGGAGACAACAGAGCCAGGAAGAGCAAUCAAGGCUGCGCAGGCUCGUUUGCAUUACCUCCGCCGGUUCAUUCAGAAACCAAGCGAUGCUGAGAGCACGCCUGUGGCCGAAAGCCAAACCAAACCCGUGGAAGAAGCUCAUAUUGAGAAACACGAGGAAUUAGUUACCUUGGGAAGCCCAGAAUCCCAUACAAUUAGUGAGGGGCAAAAAUCUUCAGGAACUUCCAAGACAACAAGGAAAGGCAAAGAAAAGUCUUCUGAGAAGGAAAAGAUAGCUAAAGAAAAACAAGCACCUCAGUUUGAGCCUCAGGUUGAGCCUCAUUCACGAUCCCCAACAAUUUUGGAAACAUCUCCACGACUUAUUCGAAAAGCACUAGAAUUUAUGGAUUUAAAUCAAUAUGUACGGAAAUCAGAAAAGGAACCUCUGCUGCAAACAGAUGAACUGAAUCAGCAGCAGGCAAUGCAAAAGGCAGAAGAAGUUCAUCAGUUUCGACAAUAUAGGACCAGAGUCCUCAGCAUUAGAGACAUUGACCAAGACGAACGGUUUAAGUUAAAGGAUGAAAUCCUAGAUAUGUAUGGGGAAAUGCGGGACUCCUUAGAUGAAGCCCGACAGAAGAUCUUCAAUAUCCGGGAAGAGUACAGAAACAAGUUGCUGGAAGCUGAGCGCCAAAGGUUGGAAGCGCUGGCUGCUCAGGAAGCUGCCAUGCGGGCAGAGACAGAAAAGAAGACCCCGGUUUCUGACAUACAGAAAAAAAAGAAAACAAAGAAAAAAUAA